AUGUAUAUAAUAUCGAAAUAACGUAGUCACACUGUCGUGCAACAUUGUUCGAGGAAAUAAAAUAAAAAAAUAUAUUCCCACGAAGGAAAAGUUUAAAAUGAAACCUAAGAAAAGACUCAGUUUAGUUUCUCGAUCUUAGACUUUAGACUUUAAAAGAUUGGAAGCGUAUAACAAAAAUCUGUGAUAGAAUAGCUUCUUUAUCGGAUAAAUUUAAGGGUAUCGAAUCGAAAACUUCGUGUAUUGGAUUACGAAAUUCUCAAGUAAAAUGCAAUUCACGUACGAUGCACAUGUAUGGUUGUUGCCUUUUAGUAUAGUGUAGGUACUUCAAGGUCUGAAGUUCGUUGAUAUAGAAUAUGUACAGUACACAUAGAGUGUGAUUCAUGAAAUCUCGAAACCUGUUGCUUUCUUGCUUUCCAUAUUUAAUGUUUGGGCAGCGAAUGGAACAUAAUCGACGAAAUAAGAUGCCAAUACUUGCCAACUUGUCUCGAAGAUUUCAUAUGUUGACGACGGACGCAAUACCUGAACCACCACGAAUAGAAAGUAAAGAGUAUACUCAUAAUUUAAACGCGGACAAGACUAAAGAAAAAUCGAAUGCAAAAUCGGAAACUGACAAUACACAGACCAAUGGUUCUGUACCUACAAAUAAUUCUCCUGGGACAGAGAAGGAUGAAGCGAAGUUUCCCACUUACGAUUCGAAACAACGUUAUAAGACUAAUGCGAAAACGAAAACAAAGCCUAAACAGUACUCGCAAACAGCACGUACUGUAAAUUACAAUAUAAUUAAUUCGAAUGGAGUCAAGAUUGGCUCGAGAACCAGUUACAUUUGCCAUGUUAAUCAGGUUCCAACGAAAGAUACCGCGACGUCGGAAGAUUUUGGGUCCAAAUCGUGGAAACAAGAGAUGCCUGAAAACGUAAAAUGUUUAUGCCAAUGCACCGAUGAAAUUACUUUGGAAGAUAUACUUGUUGUUAAGACGCACAUUGGGCAUGGCUGGAGAGAUGUUGCCAGAAAAUUGUCAUAUUCGGAUGGUCAAAUUGAACAAUUUGAAGAAAAUUAUUCGUUCAAAGGAAUAAGCGAAGUAAUUUAUCAAAUGUUCUUAGACUGGAAACAGGCUAAUACAAAGACUGCCGAGAUCGGUAAUUUGACAAAUGCACUGUGGGCUUGUCAAGAAUACGAUUGUGCCAAAAGAUUAGCCACUUCUCGGAAAGAUUUUAUUUGAUACAUUCAUUUCUCAUCUUCGAGAAUUAAACAAUUUUUACAAUAUUUGUCACUUACAAGUUAAAAAUUAUUUAAUAUCAAUUAGUAUUUGUACUUAUUAAAUUGUUAAAUAUCAGACAGGCAACGGAUAACAAAUUUGUAUAUAAUUAAACCUAUUGUUAUCUUGUGAGUCGUAAAACUCUAUCGAUCAUAUGUACACAUUACAACAACGAAAAUGUAUAAAAAUCAAUAAAGUAAAUAUUUUACUAA